UAUAUAUCGAUGGUAACGAUGUUUUGAAAACAUCCAAAAAAGCGACAACUACCAACAACAAAACACGGUUUGGGCAUUUUACACCGCUCGCCCACAAUAACACCGAAUAGCACGUGUCCGUGGACACUGGGCAGCCAAUAAUGAGCAACGGCCAGUAUGGAAGGUUCGGAGCACUCAUUGGCGUUGCGUACGUGAGCAGCACCCACUGCCGAUUCCUGGUUUACUCAACCAAGAAUGCCGAAGUCCUGGCCUACCAUGAGCUGAAGCUGCGUCAGAUUGUCCACCAGGCAGGCUGGCUGGAAUAUGAUCCUGUGGAGAUAUGGAAGCUUAUGCAGGAGUGUAUCGAGACUGCGUACAAAAAUCUGGUGAUAUUGGAAAUAAAUCCGCAGGACAUCAUAGCCGUUGGAAUAGCGAACCAAAGAGGAACCUCUGUGCUAUGGAACAAGCAAACGGGGCUUCCGCUGUAUAACGCCAUCGGCUGGUCCGACUGCCGUAGCACUUCCAUUCUGAAAACCUUGCUCCAUAAUGUCCGGCAUAAUGUGGAUUACGUGAGGUAUCGCAGCGGGUUGCCGUUGAGCAGCUGCUUCAGCGCCCUGAAAAUAAGAUGGCUUACGGAUCAUGUUUCGACUGUUAAGAGUGCAAUAGCGGAGGAGAAUUGCCUGUUUGGCACACUGGACUCAUGGCUUCUUUGGAAUCUAACCGGGGGAGUGGAGAGCGGCGUUCAUUCGACCGAUGUUACAAAUGCCCACUACACCUCGCUUAUGAAUUUGUCCACGGAGCAGUGGGACCCCAAGCUCUGCCAGUUCUUCAAACUGCCCAUGAAUAUACUGCCACGGAUUCGUUCCAACUCGGAGAUCUUCGGUUACGUCCUGGAGGGUCCCUUGCUGGGCAUUCCAAUUGCUGGAGUUAUGGGUGAGCAGCCCGCUUGCCUGUUGGGUCAGCUGUGCGUUAAGGCUGGCCAGAAUGUAUGCACAUUGGACGACAGUUGCUUUGUGCUGCUGAACACCGCCAAGGAGAAGCUCGACUCUGCCAACGGACUGAUCACGGGAAUCGCACAUAGGCUGGGCGCAAAAGAGGCUACCAACUAUACCCUGGAGGGUGCUAUUUCCAACUCUGGAUCCACCAUCACUUGGUUGCGGGAGACGUUGCGAAUUAAUACCGAAAUAAACUCAAACGACAACGUGGUAGAGUCUUUGAACACUUUCAUUGGCGAGAACUCGAUGAUUUCGUCCUCCUGCUCGUCUUCUAUGCUAAAUGCCGAGUGCGGAUUAGCGGCCAAGCGUUCAGAAAUCACAUUCGUACCGGCAUUUCAUGGGUUGUAUGCUCCCUAUUGGCGUCACGAUGCCAGAGGCAUUCUUCUUGGGCUGACCAGUCAGACAACGUCAGAGAACAUUACUCAAGCAGCAUAUGAGGCUACUGGGUUUCAAAUAUACGAAGUGCUGCAGGCAUUUAGAAAGGACACGCCUAACUGGCGUCGUUCCUGUAUGCAGCCAGUGCUCACGUUUGGUGGUGAUUGUGCCGAGAACACGCAUCUUGUUCAGUUUAUAGCUGACAUCGUUGGCCAUAUGUUGGAGCGCCCACAGACGACAUCCCCAGCAGGACUAGGUGCGAUGAUAGCCGCCGGUAUCACCAUGGAUGUGGUAUCUCUGCAAUACGCUGCGAAAAUGUAUGCUCCGCCUACGGACGUCUUUUCCCCGACAACUACACAGAACCGUCGAGAGCUACUCUACAAGCGCUGGUCUUAUGCAGUAAAGAAAUGCCUGCAUUGGAAUAAUUACGAGACUUAUGAGGCCGAUGUGGAACUCUUCGCCCAACGAGAGCUAGACCCAAAUUAUUCUGUUCGUCGUUCAAUACCCGGUAGUUUGUUCCUGACCACAUCGUUCGCCCUGCUUCUGUUGGCCAAUUACCUAAAGAACAACCCGUUAAACUAAUGGUCGCCAACUGGGAAAGCGGAAGCUGCAGUUAAAUCUAGUCAACCGAACACGUUCAGUGCGCAUUCAAAAUUUAUUGUUUAGUUUAGCAUAUAAUCUUCUAUAGUUAACUUGAAUGUAUGUAUAUAUAAUUCUAUUAGUUUUUUCUGCCUCGUUUUUUAGAACAAAUCUUUGUGAUUCACCUAUAUACAACAUUUUAGACUUAUACUUUUUCGUAAGAUCAUAAUGUUCUGCUAUGUUAGGCAAUCAAUUAUAUUCCUUGUGAAAUCUAAAGACAAUUGUUAAAGCUGCUGGAAGAUUAGCACAAAAAGUCUGCUUCCUAAAACCCAUAUGCAUGUGCUAUAGAAAUUCGAAUUGAGUAAACCGAGGAAAUGUGAAAGCAAA